GAAAGUAAGCAGAGGACAAAAGCUCUAUUUCUGUGUGCCGUGAGUUCAGUGUGCAUCUGCUGACAAGUUACCGGCAGCGGCAGUUUUUAAACUCUGUAUUCGUUUAAUAUUUUUCUCUGAAUCCGCGGAAGAAAAAGAAAAAGAAGAAGAAGGAGAAGAAAAAGAAGAAGAAAGUAGUAAGUCCUACUUUUAAAUAGCUCCAAUCGCUCAAGUAUUGCUUCUCUCCGGCAGAGCCAAUUAAACGAAAGAUUUCCAAACUGUCUGAAAGAGAGGCUGACAGAGAACCACGUUUUAGGUCAACGCAGCAUGAUGGGUCUUGCCAUACACCGCUGCCUUCUGUGUUGCCAAACGAUGGUAUCAAGAGGUCAGGAUCUCCUUUUAUUGUGUGGGAAUUCCUUAUUGUUUGCACACUGAGCAGGCAUAUUUCAUUACAGUGAGUUAAACAUGAACAAAAUCAUGGUUUCAAACGAAUCAUGUCACAAUACCACCUGCAAUUACACUCUCAUCGUGAAUGGGCAUGGGAAGCCAGUAACGAGCAUCAUCAUGUUUUUGGCUGCGGUGGUGGGGAACCUCCUGGCUCUCUUCAUCCUUGGGGUGCACCAGAAGGAGCAUCGCUCUAGGUCUUCUGUCUUCUGCGUCCUGGUGACCGGCCUGGCCCUCACCGACCUGCUGGGCACCUGCCUCCUCAGCCCACCUGUGUUCAUCUGCUACGCCCGCAACAUGUCCCUAAUAAGUCUGGGCGGUGCAAGCCUGUGCAACCUCUUUGGCUUUGCCAUGAGUUUCUUCGGCCUGGCGCCCACACUCAUCCUGUGCGCCAUGGCCGUGGAACGCUGCCUGGCCAUCAGCCACCCUUACUUUUACUCUGUAUACAUCCGCCACAGCUUUGCCAAAUACACUCUUUUCUUUAUUUACCUCUUUUCGUUGGCCUUCUGCCUCCUUCCAUUCACCGGGUACGGCAAAUUCAGACAGUACUGUCCCGGGACGUGGUGCUUCAUCGACAUGGAUGCCACAGGGGAUGAUAAUGCCAAGCUGGUGCUGGCCUUCUCUCUGUCCUACUCCUCCCUCAUGGCAUUGCUGAUCUUUGCAGUGUUUGUGUGCAACGGCUCAGUGAUCGUCAGCCUGUGCCAGAUGCACCGGAGCCAGAUGAUGCGGCGCACCUCGAUCGGGUCGGCGGGGAGGAGGAAGAGGCUGAGCCUGGCCUGGUUCGUACAAGGGGAAGAGGAGGUGGACUAUCUGGUGCUGCUGGCACUCAUCACCGUCAUCUUUGUGGUCUGCUCCCUGCCACUCACCAUUGCAGGCUUUAUCAACGCCAUUCACCCAUUUUGUGGCGACACAGAGAACCUGACAGCCUUCCGCUUCUACGCCCUCAACCCCAUCGUGGAUCCCUGGGUCUUCAUCAUCUGCCGCAAGUCUGUGUUUCGCCACCUUUACUCUUUUCUGAGUUGUCGCUUCGGCAGAAGAGCUAUGAAGACGACGACACACUGCGCUCUGUCUUUACCCCUUGACAAUCACAUACAGCGCAACCCCCCAGACGUGACAGUUCCACAGACAAACUCGUACUCCGGUUUACCUCUGUGACCCAAACAGGAGCCCUCGGCUGCGCUAGGAGGCUUUCGUGUCUGAUAAAACAUUUGUGAGAAAUAUGUGGUUAAAGUUUGUGAAAUGAAACUUUAACAUUUGCAUACGGGAUUCCUGCUCUCACCAUUUUAAGGCACGGAACUCCGACAAAGAAGUAUCUGUCACAAUUGCACUAGGUCUUAAACUUUCAUUGACUGAUGGAAACUGUUUCAAAGUUGCAAGGAGAGAUGCCCCAUAAAACAAGCAGCACUGUAUCUUACCAGACACAUCAAACCAUAUCAUUCCUAUGAAUAAUAUACUGUAAAGUCAGAAUAUAUGCACUUGGGUUAAAGCUAUAUGCAUGAAUGUAUACUGUCUUCUUUUUCUCUCUCAGCCUUUUUGUGCUUUGAGCUAAAUGCCAACGUCAGCAUGCUAACAUUCUGCUGAUAUCAUGUUCGGCAUCUUAGUUUAGCAUGUUUCCUUAGUAACAUUUGCUAAUGAGCCCUAAAUAGAAAGAACAGCUGAUGUUGACAGGAAUGUCAGCAGUUUUGCAGGUAUUUUGGGAUAAACCAAAGUAUUGAACAAAUUACAAUUUUGACCUGAUGAUGGCACUAAAUGAAAAGUUAAAGAGUCAUCAAAGUUAUCACCACUCAUCCUCUUAACACCAUCAUUUAUUCAAGAAUAUUAAUAGUACAAAUCAAGUAUGGGACCUUAUUAGCAUAAAUAACUGUCCUCUCGAGAGCGAUGCCGCUAAAAAAAACAAAACAGAACAGAAAGUGUUUGUCAGACUGAUCCACUGGUACUAUGGAACAUGAAUAUGUGAUAUACACAAUAGUGGAUUCAACUCUCAUCUCUUUGAUGAAACAACCUGUUAAAAAUGAUCAAAGCACUCUAGCAAUCGUAAAUGCAAUGCAUGUAAAGUAUAAACAAAUAGUUUGUUUUCAUUUAAACUGAAGUUAAUCUGAAACUGCAAAUAUCUGUCAAGAAAUGAGAUCGGUUAAUCUGAGACUCGACUAAGUUUUCGACUAUUCCAAAGAGAGCUGAGUUAAUAAGGUUAAAUAGUCUUAAUGAGACUAUAAUAGAAAAAGGGCACUUUAGUCUCUCUGAUAAUUCCUAUUCCUGUGUAGCCGAUAGUGAAAUUGUGUUGCAUACACAUUCUCUUCCACCCUUCCUUCUCUCUCUCACUGAUUUCUAAGCUACCUAUGAUGAUUGUCCUUGAAUGUCAAACUCUGCUGCUGCAUAUUGCACUGUGAGAAUUAGUUUUAUGUUGUCGUUGUGACUUGUGGUAGUGUACUGAUGCCUUUUCACUGUGCUAUAAUGUUGUUUAUCCUUAUAAUUGUGCUGUUUUUGGUUUAUGCAUUGGAUUGCAGUGCUAUAGGGAUAACAGACAUGAGUUCCUUUUUGUUUUUGUGUGGCUGUGUUGCACAUUAAGUUUUUGUUUAGUCUUUAAAUGCUUAGUCAUGCAUGACCUGAGCUAAGUCAGACACGUUACCACUCACACAUUCACACAUUUUGAGUUGUAAAGCCAUACAAGUGAAUGAAAGAAUACCUUUUUGGAAAAAGAAUAUAGUAUUCAUUAUAUGGCUCACAUUUUGUUCAUGUGAAAUAAAAUAUUCAUAUAAGGAUAAACGGUCUCACAACUUAUGUCUGUGUAUGUUCCCAAAGAGAAAUGUUUAUGCUGAUUUUGUGAUGUUUAACAGUCUCUUGCUCUCAAUCUCAGUCCAUGUAUAGUUCUUGACUGUGAUGAGACCUGAGCAUGUUUGCUGAUGAAAUAAACAAGAUUGUGUUUAAGUUUGGACAAUCGUUUGUUUUUGUCUCGGUACAACCCCUAACAUCAAUGUUGACUGCAGGGGAACAUUUACAUUACAUGCAGUGCUCUGUUGAGUCUGUAGCCAUUUGCCAGGUUCUAAAUAUGUUCUAGUUCUAGUUCCUCAAGUUCCAGACAGAAGUGAAAGUUGUCGCAAUGAAAUACAUUCAGUAGUUAAUUUAACUGUAUGUUUGACUUUGUAAAUGACAU